AGCGCUGUUUUGCUGUCCGCAUACUCCAAAGACUCAUAUAAAAUAUAUUUCCUCAGCGAGGGAAGGUUUUGAUCUUGGAAGUGAAGCAGAGUGUCAGUGAAAUAACGUCGAAAAGGCGUACAGUUCAAAAAGUUUAAAAUCUAACUUUUUGUGUUUGCUUGGGUGAGCGUUUCAGCUAAUUACGCACAAAUCCCUCACGCUCACUGUUCCAAUCCACCGGCACUGCUGUCUCAGCAGAGGACAAAGAAAACAAAGGAGACUGACAAACAAACAGUGAGUGAAAAAAAAAGAUAUAAAAGAGUGGAAGCUUUUCUUUCCAUAUAGCAGCAGAGCUGAGGCGACGGUGGCGUUUAAUCAGUCGGUUUCUGCAGCGCCGUCAGCGUGAGCAGCCUCGGCGGUGCAGCCCUCUGAUCAGUGCUGGGAGAUGAGCUCCCCGCUGAGCUGCUGCCGCCCCUGAACCACAGGUCAGUCCUUGGGUUCAUUGAUCCAGAGAACAUAAUUCAGAUUACACCCACAAAACUCCCUGCAAAGAUAGAAGCAAAGAUACCUCCACGCUUUAAAGACCUCAGUGUUGAGUAUAAAUGUUCAGGAAUCAACGAUGAAUCUGUUGAACUUUCUGACAUGAAGCCGUUCACAGACUACAGCUGUACUGGUGACAUCAAGAUGAACAAUGUCUCCAUAAAUAAGACACUUCCACCUGUCCAGUUCAACAUCGACUGUGAUUUUACAGUGGAGAAACUGGAGAUCAGUACAACCAAUACUUCCAUUAAGCUGAACUGGGAAACGAAGAGUGAUAAUUGUCAAGAUGUUCUCAAAAAACUGGAUGAGCUUUCUUAUCACUGCAGCUGUCAGCAACAGAAAGGUGAUGGAAGAUAUUUUAAAACUGAUGGAAAAAUUAUUAAUCAACCUGAAAGAAGAAUGUGUGAGUUCACCAGUGGAAUUAAACCAUUCAGGUAUUACAACUGUGAAGUUCAUCACAUCUACACUGGACAAAAGGAUUUUAGAGGAACAAAAGUUACAGAGAAGACUAAACUUGGAAUACCAGAUCAACCUCAUAAUGUUGUCGUGACAGUUCCAGAGAACAAUAAGAUCAACGUGACAUGUUCAUUAGAUUACAUGGAUUUUAAUGGACCAGAGAAAAUAUACUUUGCACAACUUCAGGGUGUUCCUGGUAGCAGAAAGGACAACACAGAAUGUCAAUUUCAAUUUGAAGAUCUGAGCUACUCAACAUCUUACACAGUGGAGGUGUUUACUUUCAACGGACAUUUUACCAGCUCACCUGUGAGAAGUCAGGUUGACACCAGAUACAACAACAAAGCCCUCAUUGGCAGUUUGGUCUUCCUCAUUUACUUCAUCAUCCUCUGUGCUGCGCUCUUCAUCCUGAAGAGGAGAAUAUCCAGGAAGUAA